AUGGAACGGUCUUCUCUCGGGCUGUGGCCUCUGCUGCUGCUGGCCUGCUGGCCUCUUCCUACUGGUCUGGCUGGUGAGAACUUGGUGAAUUUCCUGGGUGGUGAUAAUAAAUGUGAAGGCCAAAUACAAUUGCUGUAUGAUGGACAGUGGGGCCUUAUGUGUGGGGACGGCUUGGGCAUGCAGGAGGCCUCAGUGAUCUGCAGACAGCUCGGCUGUGGCUCUGUGCAUUCUAUUUCCCAGUAUAUUUUGACACCUGAAGAGAUGAAGCAACCUUGGCUGUAUGGUGCCCAGUGCCGUGGUGAGGAAGCCACCCUCUGGGAGUGCCUCCUGGGGCCUUGGGGGCCCCUCAGCGGCUGCAAAUGCCAAUGUGUGGCUGUGAUUAUCUGCUCAGGUGGUACCACGCGACAAAUCAGGCUAGCUGAUGGUAGCAGCCCUUGUGCUGGGAUUCCAGAGGCCACUGGCCUUUCAGGCCUUGCCCUGAGAUGUGACUUGCAGAAGGAGGAGGCUGGCGUUCUGUGCAGACAGCUGGAAUGUGGCACUGCUCUACAGUGGUCCAGAGCCCAUCAUGGAGCAGAUAGGAAGCAAGAAGAGAAGUACAUUAAAUGCCAGGGAUCAGAGCCUGACAUUUUACAUUGCCAGAUCAAUGUGAACUUCCUAGAGCAAUGUGACCUUCUGACCUACACCCAGGUCAUGUGCACAGAAUCUACCUUCUGCCUGAAGGCAGAGUCAGGUACUUGCUCUGAUAUCCUCAGCCUGGGGAACUGCACUUACAAGGAGUCCUGGCAUGGAACGGUCCUCUCUCGGGCUGUGGCCUCUGCUGCUAGCUUGUUGGAGCCUCCUUCCUGGUGAUAGUAAAGGUUGGCGACACCACCAGGGAUCCUGUGCACAUUGCUUCAGACGAAAACGUGGUCCAGAGCUCAUCACGGAGCAGGGACUGGAAGUCAAGAACAGAAAUUCUUGUCUUGCCAAGGAACAGAGCCUGACACUUUCCACUGCAAGGUCAAUGUGAACUUUGCAGAGCAGUGUGACGUUCUAUCCCCCACCGAGGUGGUGUGCACAGGUCACGUGGAGGCCCGGCUGCUGGGUGGUACACAUCCCUGUGAAGGACGCCUGGAGGUUCUUCGAGGACUUACCUGGGGCACCGUCUGCUAUGACGACCUGGACCUGCCCAUGGCCAACGUGGUUUGUCGGGAGCUGGGGUGUGGCACCGCUGUAUCCAUACUCGAGAGUUCCCACUUUGGCCACGGAUCAGGGCCUGUGUGGACAGAGGCCUUUCGCUGUGUGGGCAAUGAGUCACUGCUGUUCCACUGUCUGAAGGAGCCUGGACACCAGUGUGGCCAUGAUCAGGAUGCUGCACUAACCUGCUCAGAGGAAAAGUUCCGACUGGUCAAUGGCAGCAGCAGCUGUGAGGGCCGUGUGGAGCUUCGGGUAAAGGAGGACUGGCAGCCCCUCUGUGCUGCCCACUGGGACUUAGCAGAUGCCAUGGUGCUCUGUCACCAGCUCAACUGUGGCUAUGCGGUUGCUAUACCCCAAGGAGGACACUUUGGAAAAGUGAGCGAUCUUAUCUGGACAGAUGUGUUUCACUGUGUGGGGACAGAGCCCCACUUGCUGAGCUGCCCAGCAAGUACCCUAGGGGCCCAGGCAUGCACCCUGGGAAAUUCAGCCUCGGCUAUCUGCUCAGGUCUCCAGGAUGCCCUACGGCUGAGGGAUGGACAGAGCCACUGCGAUGGGCGAGUAGAAGUCUUCCUGGAUGGUGUGUGGGGACGAGUGCUGGACAAUGCCUGGGACCUGCGUGAUGCUGCUGUGGUGUGCAGGCAGCUCGGGUGCGGAGAGGCACAGCGAGCCUAUGACGCACCAGCACCGGACCACAAGACAGUCCCUGUGGGGUUGAGCCUGGUGCGCUGCUCGGGCUCUGAGACCCAUCUGUCCCAGUGCAAUGUGUCAGUGUCCCAGGUGGUGCCUGUGGGGACUUUGCAGGAUGCAGGCGUGGUAUGCUCAGGGAGCUUGCGCAUACGGUUGGCAGAGGGUAAGGGCCGCUGUGCUGGGCGUGUCGAAGUGUUCUAUCAGGGCACAUGGGGCACUGUGUGUGAUGAUGCCUGGGACCUGCGGGAUGCCCACGUGGUCUGCAGGCAGCUGGGCUGUGGCUAUGCCCUCAGUGCUCCUGGGGCUGCCCAUUUUGGAGCAGGAACUGGGCGCAUCUGGAUGGAUGAACUAGGCUGCCUGGGUGAGGAGGCUGCUCUCUGGGAGUGCCAGUCAGGAGGCUGGGGCCGACAAGACUGUGGGCACAAGGAGGACGCAGGUGUGGUCUGUUCAGAAUUCACUGAUGUAAGGCUGCAGGAACACAGCCAGCCAUGCACAGGCCGCCUGGAAGUUUUCUACAAUGGAACUUGGGGUGGCGUCUGCCAGUCCUUGAGUGCUGCCUCUCUGAGGGUUCUGUGUGGACAACUGGGCUGUGGGUCCCAGGGGCAGCUGCUGGCCAGGCCAAGGAGCUCAUCUACACUGGAGACUCUCUGGUUGAAAUCCAUUCAGUGCAGGGACAAGCAUGACAGGUCCUUGUGGCAAUGCCCCUCAGAACCCUGGAACAGGCAUUCUUGCCUCAGUGGAGAGGAAGCUUGGCUGGUGUGUACAGAAAAGACAGAAGUUUCUCAGGAUAUGGAGCAUAUUCCCAACUGCUCAUCAACACUUAGCUGCCCAGAGGAAGGUGCACUUCGCGUGUUUGGGGGUGACAAUGGCUGCUCUGGACGAGUGGAGUUCUGGCACGGAGGAUCAUGGGGCACAGUAUGCGAUGAUUCCUGGGACCUGGCAGAUGCAGAAGUUGCGUGCCGGCAACUGGGCUGUGGCCCAGCCGUAGCUGCCUUGCGUCAUGCUGCCUUUGGCCCUGGUUCAGGGCCGAUAUGGCUAGAUGAAGUGGGGUGCCGAGGCAGUGAGACGUCUCUGGGAGCCUGCCAGGCAGAACCGUGGGGAUACGGAGACUGCUCCCACAAGGAGGAUGCUGGUGUACACUGCCUAGGUGAGUGAGGCAGCAACGGCAGUUCUCUGGCUCCUCCCUCUGCUCCUGAGGUCUGGACCCUGCCUGAGAUUGCCUGCUUGGUCCUUGGCUGCCUCCUGGGCCUCGUUUUCCUGGUUCUGGCUUCUAAGUGGUACCGCAGCAGAGCCAUCAGCAUGGGUUCCGGCGUGACGGGGCAGCUGCCCUCAGAUGCUAUCUAUGAAUACAUUGAAACAGUCCCUAUGGAGGAAAGGGCAGAGGAGCCAGCAGCAACCCGGAGCCUGGUGCAGGAUGACGACUAUGAUGAUGCAGAAGAGCCUGAGGACAGCCCUGGGGAAGAUCCAGAGGCUGAGCACCGAUGA